ACCACUUAGGAGUAAAGUUGUCCUGGCGCCGGUUCUCUCUAACCAAUCGGCAUAAAGAUGUCAGGGAAAAGGAUCCGCCUAUCCCGCGCAAUAUGGCGGAAAAUUCAAACCCCGUGCAAGGCUGUUCAGUGGCAUGCCUCUCUUCAGAGUCUGAGCUUCAAGAUUUAUGCCGGCUUGAUCAUGGAUUUUCACAAUUUCCCUUCAAGUGCACAAAUUUUCUCCUACCUGGCUGUUCAGUGGCGUGCCUUUCUUCAGAGUCUGAACUUCAAGAUUUAUGCCGGCUUGAUCGAGUCUGCUGUGCAGCUCUUGGUGUCAAUCGUAAGAAUAUAAGUAAUUUUGAAGUGGAGUAUCUGUGUGACUACAAGAGAGUGCAGGAUGAGGAGCGGUACCUGGUCAAAUGGAAGGGAUACCCAGAGUCUGACUGCUCAUGGGAGCCACGCCAUCACCUCAAAUGCUUCAACAUUCUCAAACGCUUCCAUCGGGACAUAGAAUUGGAGCUUCUGCGGCGGGCACGUGCUGGAGGAGGCUCUACAAACAAGAAAUCAAUUGCACGGCUUCCACGCAGGUUGGAACCAAGUCUUGCUCACCAUUUGGUGCUGAAAGCCAAACAGCGAAAACGCCUAAGGCAGUGGGAGCGACACCUGAAUGCCAAGAGCCCCCAGCCUGGCCUCAUCUUGGUGGAAAACGAAGUGGACCUGGAGGGGCCUCCUCGGGACUUCAAGUACAUUAAUGAAUACAAAGUGGGGGAGGGUGUAACUGUUAACAAGGUGACAUUUGGCUGCAAGUGCCGGGACUGUUUUUCAGAUGAGAAUGGCUGUUGUCCAGGAGCCUUUCAGCACAAAUUUGCUUACAAUGAUGAGGGGCAAGUUAAACUGAAAGCUGGCUAUCCAAUUUAUGAGUGCAAUGCCAGUUGCCGUUGUGGACCUUCCUGUCCCAAUCGUGUGGUGCAAAAGGGUAUCCAGUACAAAUUACAAAUCUUCAGGACGCCUAAUGGGAGGGGCUGGGGUGUGCGCACCAUGGAGAAAAUUCGCAAGAACAGCUUUGUUAUGGAGUAUGUAGGGGAGAUUAUAACUUCUGAUGAAGCUGAACGCAGGGGACAAAUUUAUGACCGUCAGGGGGCAACUUACCUUUUUGACUUGGAUUAUGUGGAAGAUGUGUACACUGUAGAUGCAGCACAUUAUGGAAACAUCUCACAUUUUGUCAACCACAGUUGUAAGCCUAAUCUGCAAGUGUAUAACGUCUUUAUUGAUAACAUGGAUGAGCGGUUACCUCGCAUUGCAUUCUUUGCCACACGCACAAUCCGUACAGGAGAAGAGCUUACUUUUGAUUAUAACAUGCAAGUUGACCCAGUGGAUGUGGAGAGCACAAAGAUGGAUUCUAACUUUGGCUUGGCUGGCCUUACUACCUCGCCUAAAAAGAGACUGAGAGUGGAAUGCAAAUGUAGUGAGAACAGCUGUCGGAAAUACCUUUUCUAAGACAUAGUUGUCCCACCUGCACACACAAUCGGCUUUGAACUGGAUAUAUCAUCUGAGCCCCAGAUUUGCCGAUCUAACCACCCAUCCCUUAUGAAAUAUUGGUGCUAAAUUUUGUUUUUAAUUCUUGCUAGUGGGUCAUUUCAUACACUUUAUUUUUUAUGCUCUAUGCCUGGUUACUCCCCCCCCCCCCCCCCCCAUUUCCUCAAUAGUUUGUAAUGAAAGUGUUAACUGUAAUUAUUACGAUUUUAAAAAUGACACAUUUUAACGUAAACCUUUUAAAACUGAUUUAGCUUACAAUUCUUGUGAUAUAUUAAUGGAGUUUGUUUCAGAUUGCAGUCUAACAUUUGAGCAUUGCUUUCGACAUAGGACAUAUGCAAUUAUUUUAAACCUAUAUAGGAAUCGUAAGUAAGAAAUAUUUGCAAAAUCAUAAACUCUUUCUUUUACCCUGUUAUAACAUAGUCUUACCUUUUUAAACCAUACACCAGUAAUGUGUUACAGUUAACCUAUUUGUUAAAUAGCAAUUUUUUAAUGUUUCCCCUUUUUAGCAGAUGAGUGACAGGCUAGGGUUUUUACUGACCCAUAGCAUUAUUUUACUUGAAAUUUCUGCCUCUGUGAUUUCAUUACUUCAUGAAAUGUUUACCUAUUGCUGUUGAACAGCCUGGGCCAACAGUCAACCGUGCUGUGUGCAUGUAUAUGAUGUCCAGGGGAAUAUGGACUAUGCAGUUUUGUCUGAUUCCUCUUAAUGAUCAAUUGGAUUUUGAGUACUGUUAUGGGAUUUCAUUAUGUUUGUCCUUUUUGUGUUUGAUCUUCUGUAAAUACAUUGUUCUAUAAAAUGGUCAA